CGGACGUGUGUACGAGCCAAUGAAUGGCCGUGCAGUAACUCGCUCUCGUCCAAUGACUGACCAGCAAACGCCGGGUCUCGCGGAAGUUAUUGACCUCUUUUUGCAACGUGGGUUUCUCCAAAUAUAGCGACAAAACAUUUUUGAACGAUGGGUCGCCGAAAGUCCAAACGAAAACCUCCUCCUAAAAAGAAGAUGACCGGGGAUCUGGAGACUCAGUUCACUUGCCCCUUUUGCAACCACGAAAAGUCAUGUGACGUCAAAAUGGAGAGAACAAGAAAUACCGGAAUAAUAUCGUGUACUGUCUGUUUGGAGGAGUUCCAGACGCACAUUACUUAUCUGUCAGAGCCAGUAGACGUGUACAGUGAUUGGAUAGACGCUUGUGAAUCAGCCAAUCAGUAGCCCCGGAGGAAGAGAAGGAGCAAAAAUAUUUUUUUAGAAGAUGGAAGCACUGGUAUUUUCCAACCCUGUGAGUGACCAUGGACAGGACGAGUCUCCACCUUCUAUGGAUGAUGACCCACGCCCCAAUUACUUUCCUUUUUGUGUGCAAUGUUACCUUAAAUAUAUCUGCUGAUCAUACUUUCAAAUGUUGAUUAGUGGGCGAAAUUUCUUCUUUUAUUUUAAAACAGUUUUGAAUUUAAUUUAAUGGUGUUAACCUAUUAAAAAUUCCUGCAAGAAUCCUA